AUGGAUUACAACAUACACAUACCCGUUGGAUUCAAAUUCCAUCCUACAGAGGAAGAGCUCAUAAGUCACUACCUCAAGCCCAAGUUGGAGGGUGAUGAUAUCAACAUCAUUCCUGAGAUUGAACUUAGCAAUGUUGAGCCUUGUGAUAUUCCAGCCCUUUCGUUGAUAAAGACCGACAAACCAGAAUGGUUUUUCUUCAGUCCUAUUCCUCUUGGCAGUAAACAGCUUAGAAGGGCAACCAGGUUUGGGUACUGGAAAUCUCAUGGACAUGACAGUGUAGUCAACGAAACGGGCACCAACAAUGUCAUUGGGUACAAGAAGAUUCUUGCUUUCUAUGAAGGCCGCCGCAACCGCAAGAAUGAGACCAUAAUCAACUGGGUUAUGUAUGAGUACCAUGCUGCUGCUACCUCAGAAUAUGCCCAUCAGAGGAGCUUUGUUUUAUGUCACUUGAUGAAGAACGCUGACAGGAAAACUCAAUGGGGGACCGGUGCAUUGACAUGUGAUAAAGGGGAGACCAGUAGACGCGCUAUUUCUGACUGUAAAAACAAACCUGUAGAAGAAGGGAUACCAAAUGUACAUGGUCUUUUGCCAGAAGUGAAUACGGAUUCAAUCGUUCCGACAUGGCAUCAGGAACAAUCUUACAAUGCCAAUCCUAGAAAUGAAAACAGCAGUAGACAGACUCCAUUUGAAUAUACAGAAGGGAUUAAAGAUGUAAGGGCAGGGGGCAGCAGAAGCAUCCAUGAUAGACAUAUUAAGAACUAG